GGGGUCACAUGUAGGGUUUCCCCGCCAUCCGGCGACUCGACAGGCGCUAGGACCCGGCCGGUGCAGAAGAGGCUUAUCGCUGUCGAUGUGCGGUGAUCCGAGAUCAGACCGAUCGAGUCCAUGUAUGUCAGCUGGUCUAGCGUCACCAACAACACAACGCCCUCGAAACACGCUCGUUUUCUCACGGCCCUCAGCAAACUCUCGCAAAAGCGUUUUCCCCAUCUUUCACUAGAUAACAGCCGGCUUUGAAGCUGAAAGACAAGGUGGAGGCAUUAGAUCUGUACGCCUACAGAGAGAGAGAGGCUCCAGCCAUACAAGAUGGAGUGCAAAUGGAAACCAGACGAACAGGGACUUCAGCAGAUCUUACAGCUGCUCAAGGAAUCACAGUCCCCCGACACAUCCACGCAACGAUCCGUCCAACAAAAACUUGAGCAGCUCAAUCAAUACCCGGACUUCAACAACUACCUAAUAUUUGUGCUCACAAAGCUAAAGUCAGAAGACGAGCCCACUCGGUCUCUCAGUGGUCUCAUUUUGAAAAACAACGUUAAGGCCCAUUACCAGAACUUCCCAAACGGCGUGUCUGACUUCAUCAAAAAUGAGUGUCUGCAGAACAUUGGAGUGCUCAUUAGAGCCACAGUGGGUAUUCUGAUCACGACUAUAGCCUCUAAAGGAGAGUUACAGAACUGGCCGGAGCUUCUACCUAAACUCUGUUUACUGCUGGACUCAGAGGACUAUAACACUUGUGAAGGGGCUUUUGGAGCCCUGCAAAAGAUCUGUGAGGACUCUGCUGAGAUCCUGGACAGUGACAUGCUGGACCGCCCUCUUAACGUGAUGAUCCCCAAGUUCCUGCAGUUCUUCAAGCACAAUAGCCCCAAAAUCAGGUCUCAUGCCAUUGCCUGUGUCAACCAGUUCAUCAUCAGCAGAACACAGGCCCUGAUGCUGCACAUAGAUCCUUUCAUUGAGAACCUGUUUGCACUGGCAGGUGACGAGGAGCCCGAAGUGAGGAAGAAUGUGUGCAGAGCUUUAGUCAUGCUUUUGGAAGUCAGAUUAGACCGUCUCCUUCCUCACAUGCACAACAUCAUUGAGUACAUGUUGCAGAGGACACAAGAUCAGGAUGAAAAUGUCGCUCUGGAGGCCUGUGAAUUCUGGCUCACACUCGCUGAGCUGCCUGUGUGUAAAGAGGUCCUGUGUGGACACCUCCCCAAAUUGAUACCAGUUCUUGUGAGUGGAAUGAAAUACUCUGAGAUUGACAUAAUCCUGUUGAAGGGUGAUGUCGAGGAGGACGAAGCAAUCCCAGACAAUGAGCAGGACAUUCGCCCGAGGUUCCAUCGUUCACGCACUGUGGCCCAACAACACGAUGGGGGAGAAUCCAUUGAGGAAGAGGAGGACGAUGAAGAUGACCUGGAUGAUGAUGAAACCAUUUCAGAUUGGAACUUGAGGAAAUGUUCUGCAGCUGCACUAGAUGUCCUGGCGAAUGUUUUCAGAGAUGAUUUGCUGUUGCAUAUUCUUCCUUUACUGAAAGAACUGCUGUUCCAUCCAGAGUGGCUUAUUAAAGAGUCGGGCAUACUUGUACUGGGAGCCAUUGCUGAAGGCUGUAUGCAGGGGAUGAUCCCUUACUUGCCAGAGUUGAUUCCUCAUCUGGUACAGUGUCUGUCUCAUAAGAAGGCACUGGUUCGAUCCAUCACUUGCUGGACUCUGAGCCGCUACGCACACUGGGUUGUUAGCCAGCCCCCCGACAUCUACCUCAAACCACUCAUGACUGAACUACUCAAACGGAUACUAGACAGCAACAAGCGUGUCCAAGAGACCGCCUGCAGUGCCUUUGCUACCCUUGAAGAGGAGGCUUGCACUGAGCUGGUGCCGUACCUUGCUUUUAUUUUGGACACGUUGGUCUUUGCUUUCAGUAAAUACCAGCACAAGAACCUUCUCAUCCUCUAUGAUGCCAUUGGGACUCUGGCUGACUCUGUGGGCCAUCAUCUCAACAAACCAGAAUAUAUUCAGAUGCUGAUGCCUCCAUUGAUUCAAAAAUGGAACCAGCUAAAAGAUGAGGAUAAAGAUCUCUUUCCCUUACUGGAGUGUCUCUCGUCUGUGGCCACCGCCCUGCAGAGCGGCUUCCUGCCAUACUGUGAACCUGUCUACCAGCGCUGUGUCAGCCUGGUCCAGAAAACACUCGCCCAGGCUGUGCUCCACCAGAGUCAGCCUGAGUUGUAUGAAGCUCCUGAUAAAGAUUUCAUGAUUGUGGCCCUGGAUCUGCUCAGCGGAUUAGCAGAGGGUCUUGGAGGGAACAUAGAACAGCUAGUUGCCCGCAGCAGCAUCCUCACUCUCAUGUACCAGUGCAUGCAGGAUAAAAUGCCAGAGGUCCGACAGAGUUCUUUUGCUCUUUUGGGAGAUCUGACCAAAGCCUGCUUCCAGCAUGUCAAACCUUGCAUUGCGAACUUCAUGCCUAUCUUGGGCACGGACCUGAACCCAGAAUUGAUAUCAGUCUGCAACAAUGCAACAUGGGCCAUUGGAGAAAUAUCCAUUCAGAUGGGUUCUGAGAUGCAGCCGUAUGUCCCGGUGGUUUUACAGCAGCUUAUGGAGAUCAUAAAUAGACCCAGCACACCCAAGACACUGCUGGAGAAUACAGCAAUAACAAUUGGUCGUCUUGGUUACGUUUGUCCUCAAGAGGUGGCACCCAUGCUACAGCAGUUUAUAAGACCCUGGUGCACCUCUCUACGCAAUAUAAGAGACAAUGAAGAGAAAGACUCUGCGUUCAGAGGAAUCUGCACCAUGAUCACGGUCAACCCUGGUGGUGUGGUGCAGGACUUUAUAUUUUUCUGUGAUGCUGUUGCAUCCUGGAUGAACCCAAAAGAUGAUCUUCGAGAAAUGUUCUAUAAGAUCUUGCAUGGGUUUAAGAACCAGGUUGGAGAUGAGAAUUGGAGACGCUUUUCUGACCAGUUUCCCCUUCCACUCAAAGAAAGACUAGCAGCCUUCUAUGGGGUGUAGAUGUUAUCUGAUUGAAGAGCUUAUUCACUAUGGGAGAGGAUGGGAACCUCUGAUACCCAGGGCAUAAUGUUGCCCUUUUCCUGGGGGGAAGGGUGGUCUAGCAGGGGUAGGAGCCAUACAGCCCACCGGACCCCUGUAGACAGGGUUGGAGUGAAGUGUUAGCUAAGGGAACUAGUCAACGACACCUUGCCAAGCCAAACCAAAAUAGGGAGGAAAGCUUUUUCAUCAUGUUAUAACAAUCAGCCAUGAUGGCAAAAACAAAAUACAUUGUUAACAUUCAUUCACUAGGGCACUUAAUGUAACGGGACAUCCAGUGGUAAAAAAAACAAAAAACAAUGAGACGAAGAUAAGGUAACACAAUGUAACUCUAGAAAUGCAAGUCCUUUCAUAUCAUUGAUAGUGAAAUGGUUUUGAUCUUUGCCAUUUGUUUUGGAUCAGCGGUGAUGCAACGAUAAAGGAAAACAAAUCUGAAUAACUGCAUACUUUUCUGUCUUGGUAAAUGAAGUUGGUAUGCACAAAUUGAGAGGUAAGGCUGCAUAUUAACGCAGUGAAGAUGGUUGAAUGGUGCAAACAUCUGCUCUGUCGAGUUACACUUUCUGAUCUCCAGCGUGGCUUGACAUGGAUCCAAACUAGUGAACCCUAAACACAUUUUUUUGUUCACAUUUGAAACAUACAUCAGCGAUUUCUUUUUGCUUAGUUUGCUCAGAGCAUGAAUUUGAAGAUGCUUGUGAUAUCUUUUUUUUGGUACUGAUCGGGUUAAUCUGUAUGUUCAGUUGUAUGAUUUUGUGUAUGUUGGUGGCCCAAUUAGCGAUAAGUUUUUCUAGCACCCCUCAUACAGACUAGAUUUGAUUGUGUUCUGUCCACACAAACACAACAUACAAGAGGUGACGUGUUUUCAAUCCACAUAUUGCUUUUGUGACUUGGUUUAUUUAGUUAUGUCACCUCCUGCUUGAGGUUUAAAUAACAUCAGUGUGUUGUGUGUGAUCCUGGACACUUCCGUGCUUGUGGAGGCAGUUUUUGUGUCCCUCAUGUGAAUAGUAGCAAGCCUUGAAAGUUGGUUCUUACAACUACAAGAUAAGUUCUGGAUUCAAACCGAACCAGCUGAGAUUUCAAACCUUUCAGGAUGUAAGGAGUUUUUCUAUUUUUUUUUAAAUUAAUUUAGAUCUGAACAUCAUGGGGUACUGUCAGGUGUUUGUGAGUCUGUGUUGUGUUGGUGUAUUUCUGCACUGUUUUUAUUUUCUUCAGGUUAUCUGUCACAUUCCAGCUGUUUUGCAUUUGUAACCAAUAAGAAAGGAGAUUGUUCUGACAAAAAAAAAAAAAAAAAAAAUGAAAAGAACAAACAAAGAAACAUGAUGUAGGCAGAUAUUAUGAAUGUUAAGUGUGCCGUCUUACACUAAUGAAUGCUGCUAUGUGUUGUAAUUUUCUACUUGAAUAUUUUAUGUUGUAGAGACAUCAGGAGGUAUGUUUAACUUUUUUUUUCUUUGCUGUGUUUUUUUAAGUUUUUAUUUUUUAUGAAUCCCUCUCUCCGCUGUUCAGGCUCCCAUGUUUUAUAAUAAUAAUAGAGCCAUUCCCUGUAACCCAUUCAGCUGCUAGUGAAUAUCCUUUCUAAUGGUCAUAUUUUUGUCACUAUCUCCAUGUAAAAGAAUGUAAAACCUUUUUUUUUUUUAUUAUUAGAGGAGAUGGACACUUAAAUAGGAUACAUCAUGUGGGAUAAAAUGGAAGUAACUGGGCCUUAUAUAUGUGAACAUUUGUUAUUUAUAAAAUAUAAAUGCAGUAUGUACUGUACCACCUUGAAGUUUUUCAGGGGUUAAAUACGGCCAUGAGACUUGGAGAUUGCACAGUAAUGAAUCUAAUGGUUUUACUUUUUUAAUGGUUUAAUUUUGUUGUUGUUGUUGUUGUUAUUGUUGUCUUUUCUUUAUGUGAAGUACAAAAUGUAAAAAUCGAAAUAUUGUGUCCCCACCCCAGACUGCACCUGUCUAGUUCUAUGUGUGGAAAUCAAGAAAAUGUUAUAAUGAAGUCAAAUUUUGCUCAAAA